AUGAGUUUGGAGGAGGAGGAAGCGGCUGAAGAGGAGACCGUGGCUGCCGCCACGGCGGUUGCGACGGCGCCAAAGCCGGUCGCUGCUGCUGCUCCGGCAAAAUCGGCCGGAUCUGGCGCCGUUUCCGCGUUUGGCGUCCCGGUAUUGACCGAGGAUCCGAAGAGACACCGCGGCUUCAAGUUCCCGCAGUUGGAAGGCGACGGUUUCGGCGUUUGCGCGGUAGACGGCACGUUGGCGGGCCACAAAGGCCACCUGGGCCACAGAUGGGAUAAAUUCAAAAACUUGAGACAAGCGAUCGAAGACAACGAAGAAGGAGGGAUUGAAGGUUUCUCCAGAGGCUACGAGAAGAUGGGUUUCAACAGAAACGAGGAAACCGGAGAGAUUACGUACAGAGAGUGGGCGCCGAACGCGAAAUCGGCGUGCUUGUUUGGCGACUUCAACAACUGGGCCACCGACGCGAACGGAGUUUGGAUGACCAAAAACGAUUUUGGUGUGUUUGAAGUGACGGUACCGCCGAAUGCGGACGGGUCGCCGGGUAUCCCGCACGGCUCGAGAGUGAAGAUUCAUUUGGAAACGCAAGACGGUUCAUGGGUCGACAAGAUUCCGGCGUGGAUCAAGUUCGCCGUGCAAGCGCCGGGGAACAUUCCUUUCGAUGGCAUUUACUACGAUCCGCCGAAAGAAGAGCAAUACGAAAUGAAAUGGUCGAGACCGGAUGCUCCGGAAGAGUUGAGAAUUUACGAAGCGCACGUCGGCAUGUCCUCGAGAGAGCCGAAAAUCAACUCCUACAUCGCCUUCGCGGAUGAGGUUUUGCCGAGAAUUAAAAACUUAGGGUACAACGCGGUCCAGUUAAUGGCGAUUCAAGAGCACGCGUACUACGCGUCUUUUGGUUACCACGUGACGAACUUUUUUGGCGUUUCCUCUCGAUGCGGUACGCCAGACGAGUUGAAGUAUUUGGUGGAUAAAGCGCACUCCAUGGGUAUUUCUGUUUUGAUGGAUUUGGUUCACUCGCACUCUUCUUCGAACGUUACCGAUGGUAUCAACAUGUUUGACGGCUCCGACGGACAAUACUUCCAUAGCGGACCGCAAGGCUACCACUGGAUGUGGGAUUCUCGAUGCUUCAACUACGGCGAGUGGGAAGUCAUGAGAUUUUUGUUGUCCAACUUGCGAUACUGGAUGGAAGAGUUCAAAUUCGACGGUUUCCGUUUCGAUGGCGUCACGUCUAUGAUGUACAAACACCACGGUUUACAAGUUGCGUUUACGGGUAAUUACGACGAAUAUUUUGGCAUGGCCACGGAUGUGGACGCCAUGGUGUACUUGGCCUUGGCGAACGAUAUGUUGCACACUUUGUACGACGGUAAGGUCACGACCAUUGCAGAAGAUGUCUCCGGUAUGCCCACGUUGUGCCGACCGGUGCAAGAAGGUGGUGUAGGUUUCGAUUAUCGCUUACAAAUGGCCAUCGCGGAUAAAUGGGUCGAAGUCUUAUCCGAAUGGGGUUCGGACGAAAACUGGGAAAUGGGCAACUUGGUGUUUACCAUGGAGAACCGCCGAUAUGGCGAGAAGUGCAUCUCGUACGCGGAAUCGCACGAUCAAGCGUUGGUCGGGGAUAAAACGACGGCGUUUUGGCUUAUGGACGCGGAAAUGUACACGAACAUGUCCACGUUAUCGCCGGAUUCGCCGGUCGUUACCAGAGGUAUCGCUUUGCACAAGUUGAUUCGUCAGUUCACCAUGGGUUUGGGCGGCGAAGGCUACUUGAACUUUAUGGGCAACGAGUUCGGUCACCCGGAGUGGAUUGAUUUUCCCAGAGGCGACCGCGUGGAAGCCUCGACCGGUGAAUUCAUCCCGGGUAACGGUAACUCCUACCACUUGUGCCGCAGACGCUUUGAUUUACCUGAAACAGACCACUUGAGAUACAAAUUCUUGGAAGCGUUUGACGCGAAGAUGAACCGCGUCGCUGGUUUCUUCAAAUACAUGGCGAGCGACCACCAAUACACGAGCUUGAAAGACGACGGCGACAAGAUGAUUGCGUUCGAAAGAGGCGAUUGCGUUUUUGUCUUCAACUGGCACCCAGUCAACUCGUACUCGGACUACCGCAUCGGUUGCAAGAAAGCUGGUAAGUAUAAGUUGGUGUUGAGUUCGGACAACCCCGAGUUUGGCGGUUGGGACAACUUGUCCACGCACCACGACGGCAGCUACUUCGCAGACUCUACCGCGCACAACGGUCGCCCGGCGAGUUUCCAAGCGUACAUCCCGUCUAGAACGGUUGCUGUUUUUGCUUUGGAAGAAGAUAUCGAAAGAGUGGGGUACACGUACGGAGAAGAGUACGUUUCCAGAGUCGUCGAAGUCUCCAACGAACACGUAUAA